UAGAAUUUGUAAGAGUUGCUAUAGCUAUUAGGGAACUAUCAUGGUUUCAGCUUCAACAUUUCCUUUUUCUUUUUUUUUGGCAAUAUUUUAGAUUUGGCACUCACAAUUUAAUCAGCCUCUCAUGUCCAGCCCAGUAUCAGCUGGGAGCUGCACACUCUACAACUCUGGGGCUUUUAAACCAGUGUGGGAAGUGCUGGGAACUUCAUUUCGGCAUGGAUUUGAAAGGGCAUCAUCAUUUCUGAAUCAUCUGAAAAACUACCAAAGUUUAUACUGGGACUGUAAAUGAACUGAACAUGGUCGAUUCAAGGAAUACUUCAGAAAGUAACUGCGAUAGAAAUAAAAUCAUUACCCAACAAAUUAUUCCAUUGCUCUACGGUUUCAUUUUUAUAGGUGGAAUACUGUUAAAUGCAGUGGCAGCUUGGAUCUUUCUUCACAUUCCUAGCAAGACAAGUUUUAUUGUUUAUCUCAAGAACAUUGUCACAGCCGACCUUAUUAUGAGCUUAACUUACCCUUUUAAAAUAUUUUCUGACUCCAAAAUUGAUUGGCAGCUCGACAUCGUUGUCUGCCGCUUUUCUGCUGUCAUCUUUUACCUAAAUUAUAUUAAUAUAACAUUAUUUGGACUCAUAGGCUUUGACAGAUGCUUUAAAGUAAUGAAGCAAUUCAGCACUUCUGCUUUCAGUGUCCAGUGUAGCAAAAUUGUAUGUCUGGUCGUAUGGCUGCUACAGAUUGUUAUCUCUUUUCCCAAUAUUAUUUUAACAAACCAACUUCCUACAAAAAACAAUUCAAUUGACUGUAUGAAGCUCAAAACUCUUGGACUCCAGUGGCACAAAGCUUCAAACUACACAUGCCUAGGAAUUUUCUGGAUUGUGUUUCUCCUAAUAGUCUUCUACAGUUGCAUUGCCAAGAAAAUAUAUAUUUCCCACCAAAAGUUUAAGAAAAACUCCCACGCUGGCAAAGAAAAGACCAACCGAAACAUUUUCACCAUCAUGUUUGUGUUUAUCGUUUGCUUUGUUCCGUAUCACUUGGUCAGAGCCCCAUAUACGUUAAAACAAAUCAAACCUGAUUACGACUGUCAGAUUAAAAAUAUACUGUAUUACCUAAAAGAAUUUACAUUGAUACUGUCAGCUGCAAAUGUUUGUCUUGAUCCAGAUUACGUAUUCCUUUGUCAACCGUUUAAGGAAAAACUGUACCAAAAAUUGCAUCUGAAAGUUAAAACAUCUGAAGAGUUUGAAAAUUCUAAAUCAAAAAAGUCAAAUGCUAUUGUUGAAACUGUUAUUGUUUUAUAAUUUUAACAGCAACAUUAUGGAAAUGUGGGCAUGUUGUUGUAUUAAGGAAACAGUGUAUGACUGAUAAAAUAAUAUUUGCCCUACUCAAUCAUUGCUGUAAUACCUAUCCAGAAACCCUUCUCCUUACAUGAUGAAUUGAUUACACACUUAAUUAUUCAAGUAGUACUCGAUUUCCAACCGUAGUUGGGAUACAUGAUCAAAAUUUGGAUACUUGGCAGCCGGCAUGUAUUGAUGACUGUUGCAGUGUCCUGGAGUCAUAUAAUCUCUAUUUGUGACCUUCCCAGCUGGUUCUGACAAGCCCAAUCAAUGGGAGAAGUUGGAUUUGCUCCACAUGUAACAACCUUGGCAAACAAAAAGAUCAUAAAAUCCAGCACAACCAACAUAACAAUUGCCUUACUUAGCAGCAGAAAUUCUAGUCCCAAUUUGGUUGCAAGUGUAGGACUACCGGAACUAAAGAGAAAAAUGUGAUGCUAAAUUAAACACAGUUGACAAGAUUCUAUAUACAAACUCCUGUUUUCCUUUAAAUGAGCCGAGGUGGCGCAAUGGUUACGAUGCAGUACUGCAGGCCACUUUAGCUGACUGU